AUGGGCGCCUACCACCAGGCCCUCCACCGCGCCCUCGUCUUCGCCGCCACCUUCUUCUUCCUCGCCGGCGUCUACCUCUGCACCACGCGCCUCUUCAACGACUCGCCCGUCACCAACAACCCCGGCGGCGCGUUCGGCGGCGGCGGCAGCAGCAGCAGCAACAGCAAAGGCGGCGUUGACAGGACCAACCCCCCGCCCGCGCUCGGCAACAACAUCAUGCUCGACGGGGCCGACGGCCACGACGACGCCCUCAAGCCCGGCGCCGCCGACCUGCCCAUGUCGUACGGGCAGUACGCCCGCCCGGGCUACGACAACGUGACGCUCCUCGGCGCGCUGCCCGCCGCCGUGCUCCCCACGCCCUCCAACGGCCGCCGCCUCGUCGUCGUCGGCGACAUCCACGGCAUGGACGUGGAGCUCGACGAGCUGCUCGCCAAGGCGCGAUUCAACCCGGCCACCGACCACGUCGUCUCCGUCGGCGACAUGGUCAACAAGGGCCCCGGGUCCGCCGCCGUCGUCGCCCGCCUCAUGGCCCUCGGCGCCAGCGCCGUCCGCGGCAACAACGAGGACCGCGUCCUGCUCGCCCACGCCGAGCGCGCGCACCUCUCGGGCGUCAGCGCCGCAGAGCUCGCCGCCACCGAAGACGACGCCCUCGCCCAUCACCGCGGCGAGGCCGAGGACCUCGCCGUCGCGCGCGCCCUCUCCCCCGAGCAGGUCGCCUGGCUCGCCGCCCUGCCCGUCAUACUCACCGCCGAGCCCCUGCCCCUGUACGUCGUCCACGCGGGGCUCGUCCCCGGCGUGCGGCUCGAGAAGCAGGACCCCUGGGCCGUCAUGAACAUGCGCACCCUGCGGUACCCCCUCGAGGAGCUCCGCCGGCAAGAACGCAAAGAAGUGAACCCCAACAUUGGCGCCUCGUCGCCCAAGAAGAAGAAGAAGAAGAAGGACGAGGCACCAGGCAGCGGCGACACGGAAAGCGACGACGCGACCGACUCCGACGCCGACGCCCAAGCCGACCGCAGCGUCGCCAUCCCCAUCGAGGACCACUCGGGCCGCAAGUGGACCAGCGCCUGGGACAAGCACCAGAAGCGCCUCGCCCGCGACCAGCGCCGCACCGUCAUCUACGGCCACGACGCAAAGCGCGGCUUCGUCCAGGGCAAGCACGUCUUCGGCCUCGACUCGGGCUGCGUCUACGGCGGCGCCCUCACCGCCAUGAUCAUCGAGGGGUCCGACGCCCGCGCCGACGCCGGGUGGAAGCACACGGUCCUCCAGGUCGUCUGCCGGCAGGGCAUGCGCAACAAGUCGUAA